CCCUCGAGCACCAAUAGAAACUGCCUCCGUGCUAACCCUGCUCAGUCUGAUGUGGCAAAAGAUUUGGUAGUAGUACUGAGUAUACCCCAUCGUAGUUGCGGCGUUGUUGCAACGUUAGCUUCCACAAUUCUUUGGCAAGCAGUUGCUACCCUUCGACAUAAUAAAAACUACUUGUUGUACUUCUUAGUCGACCGACGAACCAACCAUGGUUUUCUCGAACAACAGUUGCGUUGACUGCAGUCCAUCGGUGGAUAUGGAAGAUAACAAUAACAAGGUGACGGUGGUAACAACAACGACGAGUUCGUCGUCUGGCGAGUCCUUUUCCUCUCCUCCCGUGAUCAAGCCCUUGACCGAUUCCGACCGAGUGACUUCCAACAACUCCACGUCGGUCGAUGACAAUGAUUCCUCCUCUCCCGCGCCCAAGUCUCCCACCACCUGCACUGCUACCGCCACGGUCAAUGCCAACUCGACGUCCUUUACCCUUCCAGACCCACCUGGGACACAAUCCAGCAGCUUCACACCCUUGACUCCACAACAAACCGAUGUGGUCAUUAUGCCCGACGACUUUUCCCGCAAGCUGGUAGCUCAGGUCAAUCGACGGUUGGACGGCUUUUUGGCCAAGUCGCCGUAUAUUCGUGCCAAUACCAAACUCAAUGAGCUGCCGCGGUUCACUCCCAGUCAUUUGAACUUGGGCAAGACACUCGCCAAGGGUGGCUUUUCCAAUAUCAUCGAAGUCAAUUCCUUCAACAAUGAAGAAUGCGUCUUGCGACCCGCCUCGUCGGUCGAUGAUGACGAACAACAGCACUACAACGGUACUAACAAGGAAUACGUCGUCAAGUGUCUCUCGACGCGCUUGGGAUUGAAGAAACUCCCCGGCGCCACCAAGGAUAUUGUCUUUGAGGCGCACACACUGGCAUGUCUCCAGCACGAUAACAUUGUACAGAUUCGGGGCUGGUCCCACGAUGGAAUCAACGGAUUCCAAACCACCAAACGCGCCGAUGGAUUCUUCAUGAUCCUCGAUCGACUCGGAGAUACCCUCUUUCAACGUGUCUUUCAAUGGCAAGCCGAAUUGCGAGGACGGGGCAAGUACUCGAGCCUUUGUGCGGGUAGUAAAAAGAAAAUUUCCCAUCAAAAGAUUGCCAAGCAACAGUUUCAAGAAAAGAUUCAAAUCUGUCUCGAUGUCGCCGCGGCACUGGCGUACUGUCACUCCAAACGCAUCUGUCAUCGCGACAUCAAGUCGGCCAAUGUCGCAUUUGAUCCAGCGAGACCGCAUCGCGCCAAGUUGAUUGAUUUUGGAUUGGCGACCGAGCUGCCGACGCUGACCAGCACUGACAGUCGGCACAAGACAUUUGACCUCACGGGCAACAUUGGGACAGCGCGGUACAUGGCGCCCGAAUUGAUUUUGGAAAAACCGUACAAUGAAAAAGCCGACGUUCAUUCCUUUGCCGUCCUGUGUUGGGAAGCCUGUGCUGCCAAGAAACCCUACUCGAGUUUGGAUGCCAAGGCCGUCAAGGAACACGUCAGUCGAUGGAACGAACGCCCCAAGACGUACUGGAGUUGGCCCCGUAAGCUCCGCAAAAUCUUGAAACAAGGAUGGGCUCGGGAUCCCAAGGAUCGACCAUCGAUGCAAGAGUUCCACACGGCGUUGCGCAAGGUACAAGCUGGACUACCAAAGUCCAGUUUGAACGAAUACUUGGUGGAACAACAGCAGCAGCAGCGGCAACUGUAAUCAGAAUUUUGGCGCGCGCAAGAACCGACGAGGACUCUGGUAGUCCUCGGUUCUUUGGUGUACAGACAAGCAGAAAGAAAACCCCUGUAAUUAUUAUACCAUUAGGUAUCAAAAAUAAAUUUUUAAGUUAAAAGAAGUAAGGUUUUGGUUUAGAACAUC